ACCAUUGCAGUACCCAUCAAAAUUAUAGUUAUACAAAUAUUCUCGGCCAAACAGCUUUCCUACCGAGAAUCUUACAAACCGCAAAAGAUGAAUCGUUAUAUUGGACUUGAUAAACUCGGGAAAGCUCUGGACCUUAUUCACGCCAACGGCGGAAUACGAGCCUCCCUUCGAAAGCUGUAUCGAAUGAGCACACUGAAGACCGGUUAUCUGGUUGGCCAGGACAAGUAUGGCAACAGGUACUAUGAAGAUCGAACCCAGUUCUUUCCCCGCAGUCGUUGGGUGGUGUAUGCAGAACAUUUCGGUGAGUCUUACGACGCGUCUCAGUUGCCAGCAGAAUGGUUCGGUUGGAUGCAUCACAGUACCGAUAGGGCACCGAAUCGCGACGGCAAACGUGUGAAAUAUCCGUGGAUGCUCGAUCAUAGCGAAAAUCUGUCCGGAACAAAAUACGCUUAUAUGCCGUAUUCAACUACUACACCGAAAGUUGAGGCUUGGGUUCCGCCGAAGGACUCUUCAAAAAAUGUAUAACUUUUAGUUAGUUCAUAUAAUAUGAUGUUAUAAAUAAA